AGCAGCUCCUGCUGCCGAGGUGCUUCCAGCUCUCUGCAAUCGUGCAGGAGCUGGCGUUCCCAGGGCCAGCUUGCUGCAGCUGAGGAGACAACACUCAUAGACCCUCUUUGAUUAGGAUGUGUCGGUGUUGUCAGGGCAACUGUUAACAGCAGCGUAUCAUAUUUUCUCCUCUUGUGUGGCGUGCUGAAUAUUUUAGUCUGCUGUAGCUGGAAGAGGCUUGCAGGAAGAAGGUGCUGCAGAAAAGAACCCAGAGCUGUGGGCUGGGAUCUGAUUUAACAGGUUAAGACAGUGACGAGCAGCAUCCAAACUAAAGUGCCUUUAAUUAGGGCUUUUCUUGAAGGUGGGGAAAGACUUGCAAACCUUUUGCUGCCGACUGGAUGUUGGUAUUUAUCAUCUGUUUGCAUACUGCUUAUUCAUAGGGGAUCUAUUACAAGUACUCAAAUGAGCAGGCAGUGUUGCAGCUAGCGGCUGAGUAAGGGCUGGAGUUUCUUACUUUUUUUUCUUAAUAAGCAAGAGGCAACAGCAACAUGUCUGGUUCAGCUACUGCCCUACGACAAGAGAGACUGAAGAAAAGUGCCAGGACAAAUCCUCUGGGUUUAUUCACCAUUAACGAAGAGGAUGAGCAGCAAAAGAAUGAGAAUUCCAAAAGACUGAAAGCUGAAGGUUCCAAGAUACAAGACAAGAAAGGCAGUUCAGGACAAUGCAACACUGGAACUAAACCAGAUCAUCCAACAAUACUAAAGGUUGAUGACAGGCAGCGGCUUGCUAGAGAACGGAGAGAAGAACGAGAAAAACAGCUAGCUGCAAGAGAAUCAGUCUGGUUAGAAAGAGAAGAGAGAGCCCGGCAACACUAUGAAAAACACUUAGAGGAACGCAGAAAGAAGCUAGAAGAGCAAAGAUUAAAGGAAGAGAGAAGGCGAGCUGCCGUAGAGGAAAAGCGAAGGCAGAGAUUAGAAGAAGAUAAGGAACGACAUGAAGCUGUUGUACGUCGCACAAUUGAAAGAAGCCAGAAGCCAAAACAAAAGCAAAACAGGUGGUCCUGGGGAGGAGCACUACAUAACCGCAUUAAUAACACAGAUCCAAACAGGCGGUCUGUUUCAACAAUGAACCUUUCGAAACAUGUUGAUCCAGUCAUUAACAAGCGGCUCUCCUCCUCAUCUGCAACAUUACUAAAUUCUCCAGACAGAGCUCGCCGCCUACAGCUCAGUCCAUGGGAGAGCAGCAUUGUUAACAGGCUCCUGAUGCCCACUCACUCGUUCUUGGCCCGAAGUAAAAGCACCGCUGCACUGUCUGGAGAUGCAGUUAUCCCCAUUUGUCCCCGUUCAGCAUCUUGCAGCCCCAUCAGUCCUCUGUCCUACAAGGCCAUGAACUGUAGGAAUUCAGGAGACCGAACAAAACUUUAUGCCUCUACUGAUGCUGUUGGACGUAGGAGAACAACGCAUCUUGCAGGGACUGACAAAAAAGAAAAAGAGAGAGACCAUUUGUCAUCCAGCUUCUCAGCCAGCUUUAAAGGAGGUCAUUUUUCUUCCAACCCCAAAGCUAGAUCACCAGCUCCCUCUCCAGUUUGGCAUGCAUCGAAGUCUUUGCCUUUUUUGCCUGGCACACCCAAGCAGAUAAAUUCCCCACCUGGUUCCUCCAGAGUUUCCUCUGCUCAGGCACGUCCUCCUUCUCCUGGCAACAUCCGGCCAGUCAAAAAAGAGGUCAAGCCAGAGAGUGAGAAAAAAAGAUCAGAAAAGGAGGCUGAAAAGGCCAAUGAGGAGAGGACAGAAGAGAGUAAAGGAGCUUCAGCAGGUACUGGAGAAGCUGCAAGUCGAGAAGAACUUGCUGUCCAGGCAGAGCUCCCUCAAGCAGCCAGCCCAUCACUUCCUCCUGCUCCGCCAGCUCUUUCUCCACCCCCAGCCCUCACAAAGACCUCUGCAGGUACAACUGACCCUGAAGAAGCAACAAGGCUGCUGACUGAGAAGAGGCGCCUUGCCCGUGAGCAGCGGGAACGGGAAGAGCAAGAGAGGAGAGAGAGAGAAGAGCUUGAAAGGCAGAAGAAGGAGGAGCUGUCACAGAGGAUAGCAGAAGAGCGAGCUCGCCGGGAAGAGGAAGAGGCUCGCAGACAGGAAGCAGAAAAGAAACGGAGGGAUGCAGAGGAGGAACGGGAAAAGGAAGAGCAGCUGCGCAGACAGGCAGAAGAGAGAGAACAGAAGGAGAAAGAAGAGAAGGAGCGCAUUCAGAAACAAAAAGAAGAAGAAGCUCGCCUACGGGAAGAGGCAGAGCGGAUUCGAUUAGAACGUGAAAAGCAUUUCCAAAGAGAAGAGCAGGAGCGCUUGGAAAGGAAGAAGAGGCUUGAGGAGAUCAUGAAGAGAACUAGGCGUGUAGAAGCAGUAGAUAAGAAAACCAGUGAUCACCAAAAUGGACAUAUAUCAAAGGCAAAUAUUACUGGAGAAACAGUCAUAACAAGUCCUGCAUCUCCCUCGGAACCUGCAGGAGAUCCUCAGCUUCAGCAUGUAACAACAUCUCCCCACAAUGGAAAACCAGUCACCUGCCCACAUGUGAUCGUCUCACAUCAACCCUCCGUAAAUAUGGACAGCAACCUCAAUCCAGAGAAAAAUGCAAAUGAAAAUGGAAUGUCUAUGCAGAAUGAUAACUUUGAAGAGAUCAUAAACCUGCCUAUUGGUUCUAAGCCAUCCCGGUUGGAUGCCAUGAACAAUGGUGGAAGCAAUAGUCCUCAGAUUCCUUUGAAUCCAAUUCUAGCCUUUGAAGAUCAGGGGACUCUUUUGCCUCAGGUAGAUAGUGUUCAAACACAUCAAACAGCAGAAGUGAUCUGAAUGUUUCUUCUGAAGAACCAAAGGUGAUAGGAGCAUCUCUGCAGUCAGUGGAGUUUCUUCUAAACUAUGAAGGAGCAUUUUAUUUUUUCUCUCCAGUUUUUUAAAGAUUUCUUGAAUAUCUUUUUUGGAAGGACUUUAGUAAAACCAGCAGAAUAAAUGAUGGGAAUAGACUUGGAUCACCUUUUUAAUAGCUUUCACCACUAGAAAAAAUCAUGCUUCACGUGCAUUACUUAAUACGGCUUUUUCCAGCGAGCUUUUUCUGUUAGCACAUGGAUAUUUCUACAUUCCGUAAGACACAGGACACUGGAAUCUGAAAGCAAUGGGCUGAUUUGGGUGGUGGGUCUGAUUCUUUUUUUAAAGAGGUGGUGUUGGUUUAAAGGCUUAAUUGUAAAAUUGGCAAAGAAUCUUUCACACUUUGUGGUUCUAAUACUUGAAAAAUAAAUACCUCAUUGCUCUACAAGUAGAGUUAAUGGGGUGUUCUAUUAUAAACCUGUUGGUUUAAAUAUUAUUGCAGAGAACUCUAAUUAUGGGGGCAAACUAUAGGCUUCUGUAUCUGGUUCUUGUAAAUGUAAUUCCUACAGGGACAUUCUGUAAAUUGAGAUGUCACUAUGAUCUUUCAUUUUCUCUAAAAACACAAAACAAGGCAGGUUUUAAAAUGUGAAAAUUUGAAAGCAUUAUUUUUUCAUGGACAAGAGGAAAACCUGUUGUUCUCCUAGAUGAUGUAUUUAUGAAUUUUGUUCAGUAAAGAAAUAAAUCAUUUAACUGAAUAAAUUAGAAAAAUGUGGCAAAAUGAUACUGCAAACUUGAUUUUUUUUUAGUUACAUUCAUGUUCUCAAUACUAUAAGAGAUGUGUAUGCAUAGGUGCACACACAAGGAAAUCCCUUGUUCCGAGUCCUGCAAAUUGCUGCUGGUCCUAAUGGUGGAAGACUUUUCCUUUGCCUUAUCAGACUACUGAAGCCUGUGGGAAACCUGAAAUGUUUGAUUUUAGGAUAAUGAAGCAGGUUUGUUUCAGGGUAUUUGUGGUUUUGCUCGUUUCAGAGCAGAUGGAAAAUGGUUAUUGUGCUUUUUGUCAUGUGAUUUCUAUAAAGCAGUGCAGUUUGAGUGAUAAGAGCAGCAGUGUAGGUUGCUCUCUCUUUAAUUUGAUGCUGAUUUCUACUCAUAUCAUUCCACCCCUUGCUUUUGGUUGCUAUUGGGCAGAACUGCAAAGUCUUGCGCCUUCUUGUGCUUUGAUAAACAACACUGCUACAGAUAGUAGGUAGAGUUCAGUCUAGCUCUGAGCAUGAAGCACCAACCAGGGCUUGACAUGCUGCUAGCUGAAGUCAGUCAGGAGAUCUUUGGCUAAGGGAAACGGAGGCUUAUGGGGUCUCAGUUCAUGCUCCCAGAGGAUGUCUCAUUAAGAUUCCUGCACUUGCCUUUAGUGAGCACUGAUCUUGGCCUCUAGGAAGCUGUGCAGAAAGUCUGUGUUAGCAGAGGAAAUCCUCUGAGACAAAAACUGAAGAAUUUUUUAAGAAGUUAUUUUCUGCUGCUGGCAAGUGUUCUUUUAUACAGAAGAUGGGAUAAAAGCAAUGGAAAUGCAAUGAAAGAAACUUCAUCUGCCAGAAUGUAUGUGGAAGGGAAAAAACAGCCAGUCAGAAUGCUUUCAAUAGUAGCCUGUGACACGGUAAACUGGGCUCCUUUCUUGCUUUCUUUAGUUUUCCAUGUACAUAGCCACAAUAUUUUGAAGUGUCCAAAAUAUGUAGUUUUCUUCAAACUUAUAUAUAGCAUGUAAGUACCAAAUAAAACUUGUUUGAACUAA